UCUCCGAAUAUUCGGUCAUUACAAAAAGUCUUGUUAUUCUUUGACACCCGAAAAAUGACCUCUAUUGUCUUUCUUUGUGUCCUUCUGUUUUCUACUAUAUCGAAUUCUCAAGCCGCUACUCGUGCUAGAACAAUUCUUGAUGGGCCUCUUGCAAAUGGGAACUUCGAACAAGCUCCAAAACCGUCAAACCUCAAGAACACGGUGAUCAUAGGCAAGUACUCAUUGCCCAAGUGGGUAAUCUCGGGCAUGGUGGAGUACGUCUCUGGUGGGCCUCAACCAAGUGGGUUCUACUUUGCGAUCCCACGUGGGUCCCACGCAGCGAGGCUUGGAAAUGAAGCCACGAUAUCCCAAAAUGUCAAUGUGAAGAUGGGUAGAGUGUACUCACUCACAUUUGCUGCCACAAGAACUUGUGCCCAAGACGAGGUCCUAAGGAUCUCGGCCUCUGGUCAGUCUAGUGACCUCCCUAUUCAAACCUUGUAUAGUAGCGAUGGAGGAGACACUUAUGCUUUUGCUUUCAAUGCCACUUCAAGUCGGGUCACGGUCACUUUUCAUAACCCUGGUAUUCAAGAGGAUCCUGCUUGUGGUCCUCUCUUGGAUGCCGUUGCAAUCAAGGAGAUGAAGCCUCUUAGAUACGCUAAAGGAAACUUGGUGAAGAACGGGGGUUUUGAGAACGGCCCAUUCGUGUUCAAGAACUACUCAACCGGAGUCCUUCUCCUGCCCAAAAUACACGACGUAAUUUCUUCCCUCCCUGGAUGGAUCAUCGAGUCGCUAAAACCAGCAAAAUACAUAGACUCCAAACACUUCUCAGUACCAACGGGCCUAGCAGCUAUUGAGUUAGUAGGAGGGCGAGAAACUGCAAUAGCACAGAUCAUCCGUACUGUGCCCAACAAAGUCUAUAGCUUAUCAUUCACCAUAGGAGAUGCAAAGAAUGACUGUCAUGGAUCAAUGAUGGUAGAGGCUUUUGCAGAUAAAGAAACCGUAAAAGUAAAGUAUGAAUCUCAUGGAAAGGGUGGUCUUAAGACAGCAAGCCUCAAGUUUAAAGCCACAAAAACAAGGUCAAGAAUCACAUUUUACAGUGCUUUUUACCACACCAAGUUAAAUGACUACGGUCAUUUCUGUGGCCCGGUCUUGGACGAUGUCAAGGUUUGGCCUAUCUAGAAACAAAUCAGGGAAGUCUAUAUGUCGAUACGUGAGUUGAAGUAGGCAUCGAAUUGAUAGGAUCUUGCAUACCGUUGUUAUAUGAUAUCAUUUAUUCAAGUAUGUAGUGACUAAAAUUACUCGAUGUCAUAUUAUGUUUUAGUUUAGUAUGAUCAUUGAGUUAAAGAUUA